CAAAAGUGACGUAAAGUUGUAAUGAUUGAAAGCAAGUUCGCGAAGCAACUGCCAAUUUUUAGAAAUGAAUUGCAAUGGGGGGUUGUCUUUGGGUGGUGAACGCAAGACCAACAUCUUUAUGGAUACCAAGCCAAUUGUCACAUAUGCUGGAGAUGAAAAACUAUUUUCUACAAUGGAAAAUGGUUUACUGCAAGCCAUACCUGCGGAGACAUCAGAAUGGCGUAGGUCGUUCAGUAGACCAAUUAAACAAGUCAAACUUGGGGCAACUUUUGUGCCAUUUACCAAGGAUAUUCUUCCAACUGAAAAGGAUCAGCAUUUGAUAAAACAACCAAUAUUUCACAUUUAUUGGAGUGAAUGUUCUGAUGUUGAUACGUAUAAAGCCAGUGUUAGAGAUGACAUAGAUAACUGGUUGAAAAUGUUAAUGCAAUACCAAAUCCAAGACUGGAUGAUUGUUAUAGUAGAAACUUAUGAUAUAAAGAAAACUAAUAAAUUAUUACCUAGAACAACUGUUCUAGACAAAAUUCGUAGCGAUUUUGCUUCUAAAAAUGGUGACAGAUGUUUUUCUGUAAUAAAUUCAGUAAAAUCAGAGAUGCGCUCGGCUGAAUCAUGGAGAGGUUUAGUUGCUCGCAUACGUUACUUAAUGCUUGUUGCAUAUGACAAAACACUAUCUCGAUUUGAGGAUAUCAUUAGAGAACAAAGAGAAAGUCGGAAUCACCCAAAUUGGAAUUUUUGUCACUACUUUUUAUUGCAGGAGGAACUUGCAUUCGUGUUGCAAAUGUUGGGUUUGUAUGAUGAAGCAUUAGUGCAGUAUGAUGAGUUAGAUGCUCUCUUUACACAGUUCGUGCUUAAUUCUAAUAUGGGAGAUACUCCAAUCUGGUUAAAUUUGUUUCAAACUCCAUUGAAUAAUUGGGGAGGUGUUACUUUAAGUAAUGGUACAAAUCAUCAUUUAAGACAUCUUCUCGCUGAAUGUAAAGCAUCGUUAUUAGAUCUUAGAAGUUAUUUAUUCAGUAGACAGUGUGCCAUGUUAUUAGCGCUUAACAAACCAUGGGAGGUUGCGCAAAGAUGUUUGUCAUUUGUUCAUAAUACGUUAAGCGAAUUACGUAUCUUAGAAGUUCAACGACCCGAGGGAUCAAUUGAAUGUUGGUCUUUUCUUUGUGCACUGGAGGUAUUGCAAGCUUGUCAGUUAUCAUGUUAUAAUAUUGAUAAUAAUCAACAACUAGAUCUUUGCUCUCUACAUACAGCCAGUCUUUGGGCACUUGCCCGAGAUAAAUUAGGAGAUUUAGGAAAAUUAUGCGGUCUAAUGCCUGGAAAUGAACCCUCUAGCGAGCAAUUACACACAGUUGUUUAUCUAAUAGCUGGUAUGGGGGAUUCUGAACCACAGAUAGAGGGAAAAUUGACGCCCACUGAUAAAUUAAAAGAAGCACUCUCAUCAAAGGAAGCAUUCAAAAAACAAUAUCUUGAACAUGCAGAAUUAGCUAUGGGUACUUACAAACAUGUAGGCCGAAUUCGAUCGGCUAGGUUAAUAGGAAAAGAACUAGCACAAUUUUAUAGUGAGCUUGGAGAAAAUCAGAAAGCUGUAGCAUUUUUAUCAGACGCUCUAAAAACUUACACUGACGAAGGUUGGAACCAUUUAGCAGCACAAACUCAAUUAGAAUUGGCACAGUGUUAUAAAAGAAUGGAUGACAUUGAGAAGUACACAAAAGUUUGCGCAGCAAUUGCCUGUUUGAAUGUAUUGCACAUUACUGUCCGUAAUACAUAUUACGAAGAAAUGUUUGGAUAUAUGAAAAUGAUCUCGUCGCCUCAACCACUACUCAUAGAACUUGGAUGUGCUUUUAUAAUACUCAGUAUGGAACUUAAAGUAAUGGACAAAGUAGUGCAGGAUUGCUUGGUCAAUAUUGAAAUCAGUAUACAAUGUUUAUUUCCGAGAGAAGUGAAAUGUACUAAGGCAUCUAUAUCUGUUGAGGAAAUUCAAAAGCCUCAAGUACCUAAUAAAAAAAAAGGCGCAAAGUUACCAGCUGAACCUUCAAUUUCAUUAUUAUCAAAAUGUACUCUGGAAGAUAUGAAGCCAUUUGAUCCAACUCUACUUCAGUUACAAGUAUAUUCGUAUUUAGAUUAUAAGGAAGACAAAAGUCUUGGAUCUGCUAGUGUCGUGCACAGAAAUACCAAACCUGUUGUAAGACGUUCUGAUAGUACAAAACACAGGAAACCAUCUGUAAAUGCAAAAGGUGAUUUUAGUAAAGCGUUAUCGUGUGGCGAAUUUAUAGUGAGACCAGGUGUAAAUACGUUUACAUUGGUUAGACGCGUGGACCAACCUGGUUUUUAUAAAGUUGGCCAACUGUCAUUAGUUGUCGAAGAAAAAUUGGAAUUUUUGUCUCCUACUUUAAAUCCUCGGCUAUGUUACGAAGUAGCUAAGACACAACCGACAAUUUCUUUGAAAUGCGGUAGAGACUUAUUGGCAGGCCUUAUCCAAGACAUAGAAUUAGUUAUUACGAGCGGGAGUAUUAAAAUAACGAAGGAAAUGAAACUCAAAUUACGUACGUCUAGAGGAUUAGUAGUACAACUUGACAAUUCACAGGAAGUAAUGUCUAAAGAAUUAGAAAUACCACUGCCAGACUGUGAACCGUUUCAAACAAUGUCGUUACAGUUAAGAGUUUUAGCUGAGCUACCACCAAAGAAAGAUGCUUUAUCAAUGGAACAUAAGUUGAAUAUACAAUGUCCAUGGGGUUCUGAAGAAAGCAUACAUUUGCAUUUUGGUCCACCACUUAUGUCAAAUAUGAAACUUCACACAGCAAAACGAAGAAAAUUUCUUCAAAUAGUUGUAACAGGAUUGACGAGUCAACUUUUGCAAUUAACUGAACCAGAAUUAACAACAGUAACGUCAAUAGAUGUUAACUUCAAAAGUCUAAAUCCAAUUGCGGGUCAGAGAUUAGUAAUAGGUAACGGCAUAAACGUGUCGUUCAUGUGGGAACUUGAAAUUGGUAAGGACGAGAAAUCUAUGAUGCCCAUAAAGACUGAUUUUCGCGUAAAAUACAUCCCAGUUAAAGAUACUGAAGAACCAAGUGAUUCGCAUACCAAUGAUGAUCCUUUGCACAUACAUAAUUUGCAAAGAAUGGAAAAGGCAUCCAGUGUUUAUAGAUGCAAUUUUGAUAUCACAGAUUAUGUGACUUUGUUUACAGUGUCGUCGAAAGUUGAGCCCGCUGGGAAUGGAGGCGAAUUUUGUCGUGCUGGUAGCAUGUGCCAUCUCUAUCUCACAGUAACACGUCUGUUACCCAGUCCUAAUCCAAAUCCUCCACCUCAGUUAAUGUAUGAGGUUCUCGCUGAUCAAGCCAUGUGGGCUGUAUGUGGCCGUACUGCUGGGCUUGUAUCGUUGGAAGUCGUAGAAAAACAAAGUGUCACAUUGGACGUGAUGCCGUUAACCAGUGGUUAUUUACCCCUUCCUGUUGUUAGAUUGUCCCGAUAUAUUCCAGCAUCAGAAUCAAAGAGUGACAUUCGUAAAAAUGAAAUAGGAUCUAAUCCAAGAUUAGAACCGUUCAGUCCUGGACAAGUUUAUAAUGCUAGUAAAGCGCAGCAAGUUCAUGUUCUUCCCGCAGCACCUUCAGAAGCAAAUUAAUUGCAAACACAAUGAUAUUAAAAGUGUAUAGUACCUUCAUGGCAUUAUGAAAUGUAAAUUGUACACAUCGUGAUUAAGAUCUAAUCCAUAUUGUUUGAUACAUUUCCAUGAUACUGACUAAUAUUAUCAUUUUGUAUUCAUUUUCCAACUAUUGCUAUUCUGGUUUGUUCAUGUUUUUGUAUUUUUUAAUUGAAAUUUGAAUUUUAGAAAAUUAGAAUCUACAUUUGUUCAAAAGUCAAAUUUCAAUUUCUGUCAUUAUUUUUGCCAGUAAUAGUUAAUAUUAAUUUAAGUUUUGCCAUUAGAAGCAAAUUAAAUAUAUGACAAUAUGUGAGCAGUAAGUAAAAUUUAGAGACUUCUACAAUUACAAUUAAAAUACCUAGUUGAAAAAAUAGUGUUACAACAUAAUAAUGCUUUGUCCUGUGAAAUAAUAUGAUUUAUAUUCUAACAAAGUUCUCAAACAAUAUUCAUUUAUUGAUACAGAUCGCAUGUGAAAUCUAAUCAACAUUUUUUCAGUGCAGAUUAAUUGGAAGUUAUAUUUUAAAAAUUGUUUUCUUUCGAUUUCAAACUAUGUACUUAUAAUUUUUACAUUAUGUACAUAUAAUAGCAUACAUACUUUAAAUUGUUUUCUAUACUCAAAACAUUUAAUAUUUAUAUAAUAUACUCUGUGCGAAGUUCACGAAAUAAUUUCUAACAAUUACAGUUGAUUUUGAGGCUCUGAUAGAGUGAUUUGUCAUCUUAGUAGUAAAGUGAUCAAAUAAUAAAUUUCCCUUGCUGGAUGUAAUUCUGUAAAAUUUGUACAAAUGUUUGUCAACAAUAUACUCAUAAUAUAAAAUAACAGCUUAAAAGUACAUAGUUUACAUGCAAAUACUAUGAGAAGCAAUUAACAUCUAUCUCAUGGAUAAAGAUGUAUCCUGUAUGGAUUAUUUGUGUAAAAUGUAAGCACAUGUAAAAAGAACAAGAUAAAUGUUAUCUAUAUUACAUUUAUUUCUUAGUCUUCAUUAUUUUAAAUAUGAAUAUUGGAUAAAAUACCAUUAUGUUGCCAUGUUAACUAGUAUAUUAUUUUUCAAUUAAUUGAAAUGUUUCAUCAUUCAUGUAAAUAAGAUGACUAUAAUACUCAAUAUUUCUAUAUUAGAAAAAUGUGAAUGUUUGGCAUUUUUAAUAAAGUAAAAUGAUAUUUUUAAAUAAUAUUAAAAGUAUUUUAGAAUAAUACAAAGAACUGUUUAUUUCCACAUUAUUUAUUGAUUAACGGAUACAUAAUUAACAAUAUAAAUAAAUAGCAAGUGACAUAUUCAUUUAAUUAUUUAUAGCUGGAAUGUUUUUAAAAUGAUUUUGAACUUAAAAUAUUAAAUGCUAAUUUUAAAAGAUGAAGAAUAGCUAGUGCAUAUAUACACAUAUGUACUGUAUAUGUACAAAUAUAUGUACAUAAAUAUAUUAUGUAACAUACGUAUAUCGUUAUUUACUAUCUUAAGUUAAAACACAAUAUAUUUAAGCUAAAAGACAUUCUAAAUAUCAUCUAAAAUCAGUGUAGGCAUAUAUUAAAAUGUACAAGUGUUAUUAAAUGUUGGUACAAAAAUUUUAGUUUCCAAUAGUACUGCAUGUACCAACUCAAAAAGUUUUAUUUUAUCAAUAGCAUAAGUAGUUGUUCAAAAAAUUCUGAAUUAUCUUUAACGUAAUGUUAAGAUUAAAAUACUGAAGUUGGUUAUAUGUAAUCCUGUUAGUACGUUUUUCUAAUAAAAUUGUAUCCUACUUGAAGUCAUCACAUAUUGUAUAAUAAAUUAAAAUAUAAUUUUUAUUUUUUAUAUGUACAUGUUAAGGAUAAACCGAAUUCUGAAUAAAAGAAUAUUUGUAUGAAAUAAAAUGAAUAAUUACUUUAUUACAUAUACAAUGUUAACCAUGAUAUAUUAUUAUAUUUAUAUUAUAAUCUAUGGUUAAGUAUGGUUGAGUAAUGACGUGAAUAUAAC